GGCAAGGAACGACGGUAGAUGCAUUCCUAGUCUUUUCAUUGUCCUUACAAAACCAUUCAUCGCACACCUAUCUCAUAAUCAUGAUGCAAGGAGGAGGACCCAUGGGACAGGUGAUGGUCUUGAACACCAAAACCCAACGCCAAACGGGUCGCCAGGCCCAACUCGCCAACAUCCAAGCCGCCAAAGCCGUCGCCAACAUUAUCCGCACGACCCUCGGUCCCCGCAGUAUGCUCAAGAUGCUACUCGAUCCCAUGGGUUCCAUCGUAUUGACCAACGACGGGCACUGCAUUCUGCGCGAAGUCGACGUCUCCCAUCCCACCGCCAAGUCCAUGAUUGAACUCAGUCGCUCGCAGGAUGAAGAAGUCGGGGAUGGCACCACGUCCGUCAUUGUCCUCGCCGCCGAAGUACUCGCACAGGCCGAACCCUACCUGCGACAAGACGCCAUGCACCCGACCGUCCUCGUGUCGGCCUACACCAAGGCACUCGCACAGGCCAUGAUCAUUCUGGAGGAACAAAGUGUCACCAUUGAUGUCGAAAAAGACCACGAACUCAUGAAACUGCUCGUCCAAAGCUCCUUGGGCACCAAGUUCUCCUCCCGCUGGAACGAUCAAAUGGUCGAAAUGGCACUGCAGGCCGUCCUCACCGUUUCCCAAAAACGAGCCACCGCAGCCGAUGGUGUACUCAAACAAGUCGAGAUUGAUAUCAAACGCUACGCCAAGGUGGAAAAAAUACCCGGUGGCGAAAUACAGGAGUGCGCCGUACUGGAGGGUGUCAUGUUCCAGAAAGACGUGGUGCACGCCAAUAUGCGCCGCCGCAUUGAAAAUCCCAAAAUAUUGUUACUGGAUACGCCGCUCGAGUACAAAAAGGGCGAGUCACAGACGAACAUGGAAAUCACGGACGAAAAUGAUUGGAAUACGCUGCUCAAAUUGGAAGAAGAGUACGUUGCCAACAUGUGCGCGCAAAUUAUUGCGGCGCAACCGGAUAUUGUGGUGACGGAAAAGGGCGUCAGCGACUUGGCCCAGCACUAUCUGCACAAGGCCAACAUCGUCGCCUUUCGCCGGGUACGGAAAACGGAUAACAAUCGGAUUGCACGAGCCGUGGGUGCCACCAUUGUGUCCCGCACGGACGAAAUCGAUGAUUCCGACAUUGGAACCGGCUGUGGCUUGUUCGAAAUGCGACAAAUUGGAUCGGAUUGGUUCUGCUACCUCACCAAGUGCAAAGAACCCAAGGCCUGUACUAUUGUACUCCGCGGUGGCUCGAAGGAUGUUUUGAACGAAUUGGAACGCAAUUUGCAGGAUGCCAUGCAGGUGGUGCGUAACGUUGUCUUUUCGCCCAAGCUUGUACCAGGCGGCGGGGCCAUCGAAAUGGCUCUCGCCGUGGGCCUCAAACGCACCGGCCAAAAGGUCCAAGGCAUUCAGCAAGGCCCCUACAUGGCGGUCGGCGAAGCUUUGGAAGUCAUUCCCCGCACACUGGCACAAAAUUGUGGCGUUUCCGUCAUACGCGUGCUGACUGCCCUGCGGGCCAAGCACGCGGCCGCCUACGACGAAGCCCAGGAUAAGACCGGAAGCGACGACAGCAAGCAGGCCGCCUUUUGUUCGUGGGGAAUUAACGGUACGACGGGUGAAUUGGUAGAUAUGAAGGAGUUGGGUAUUUGGGAGCCGUUUGCGGUGAAAGCACAAACCAUCAAGACGGCCAUUGAAAGUGCCUGUAUGAUUCUACGCAUUGACGACAUUGUAUCGGGGUCCAAAAAGCGCGGGUGA